AUGGGGCAGCUCUUGGAGUAUGGUGUCACGAGUAUUUGUCCCACUGUCACAUCGAGCCAGCAACAUGUAUACCAUGACGUUAUCCCCAUCCUAGGCCUCAAAACUCGAUCUUCAAACAAGGCCGAUUCUCUUGGUGUCCAUCUAGAAGGCCCCUUCAUUUCACCCAUCAAAAAGGGCUGCCAUCCGCCAGAGGCAAUUACUGAUAUGAAGCAUGGCUACAUCUCCUUGCAGGAACGAUACGGCCAAGGUUUUGAGCAAUACGCUGCAAUCGUGACUGCUGCUCCAGAGGUACAAGGCUGUUCCGAAAUUAUACCACAGCUAACCAGCAACAGCCCCACCGUAUUUUCCAUCGGACAUACCAUGGCUGACUUUGAUCUUGCCCUUAGCGCCGUACACAGCGGUGCUACAAUGAUUACCCACCUCUACAAUGCAAUGCCCGCCCAUACAGCCAGAGAUGUUGGUGUACUUGGUCUGAUAUCUGCUACAAAGGAUACCUUACCUUCAGAUAAGAUUCCCUUCUAUGGUAUUAUUGCCGACGGUGUGCAUGUCCAUCCUAGUGCCGUCCGGGCGGCUUACAUGGCCAAUCCCUCAAAGACUAUCCUUGUCACCGAUGCCUUGUAUUUGAUUGGUUUGGAAGACGGCCACUACCAGAGGGGGAAUCAGUCGGUUCAAAAGAAAGGGUCUUUGCUACUGCUACAAGGUACCGAUACCAUAGCGGGAUCGGCAACCCAUUUGAUUGACUGUGUACACAAUCUCAUCAAAUGGACAGGUAUACCCCUUGCAGAGGCCCUGGCAACCAUCACCAACAACCCUGCUACAUCUCUCAAUAUUGCACACCGAAAGGGGUUUCUAAGGCCUGGCUGUGAUGCCGAUCUCAAUAUUCUGUCUGCAGAUGGCACACUGAAGGACACUUAUAAGUUAUAUCACUAA